UCAGCAUCCGGCGCGCAGUUCAGUUUGGCGGUCUCGGAUUUGCAGUCAAACUGGGGCGUGAUGUGGUCCCGAAUGAACCGAGCUGCCGAGGAGUUUUACUCUCGUCUCCUGCAGGAGUUUGAUGAAGAAAAGAAAGGAAUCCAUAAAGAUCCAUUUAUCUAUGAGGCUGAUGUUCAAGUGCAGUUGAUCAGCAAAGGCCAACCAAAUCCUUUAAAAAAUAUUCUAAAUGAAAAUGACGUAGUAUUCAUCAUGGAGAAAUUGCCUUUGGACAAGGAAGAAACAAGUCAUGUUGAAGAACCACAAUGUGAAGAAACGGUUAUUUCUGAUUUCUCUACUGGAGAGAAUGUCGGACCACUUGCUUUACCAGUUGGGAGAGCAAGGCAGUUAAUUGGACUUUACACCAUGGCUCACAAUCCUAAUAUGACCCACUUGAAGAUUAAUCAUCCAGUUACUGCCCUUCCUCCCCUGUGGGUAAGGUGUGACAGUUCAGAUCCUGAAGGGACCUGUUGGCUGGGAGCUGAGCUUGUCACCACAAAUAACAGCAUUACAGGAAUUGUCUUAUAUACAGUCAGUUGUAAAGCUGAUAAAAAUUACUCUGUAAAUCUUGAAGACCUGAAAAGUUCACAUAAGAAAAGACAUCACUUAUCUACGGUAACAGCCAGGGGCUCCGCCCAGUAUGAGCUCUUUAAGUCCACAGCCUUGGAUGAUACACUUGCUGCAUCACAAACUACAAUCACUUUGGAUAUUUCGUGGAGUCCUGUGGAUGAGAUUCUUCAAACCCCCCCACUUUCUUCAACUGCAGCUCUGAAUAUUAAAGUGGAAUCGGGAGAGCCUAGAGGUCCUUUGAAUCAUCUUCAAAGAGAACUGAAAUUUCUCCUUGUUUUGGCUGAUGGUUUGCGGACUGGUGUAACGGAAUGGCCUGAGCCUCUGGAAGUAAAAUCUGCUGUUGAACUUGUGCAGGAAUUUCUGAAUGACUUAAAUAAGCUGGAUGGAUUUGGUGAUUCUACAAAAAAAGACACAGAGACGGUGAAGCAUGACACUGCUGCGGUUGAUCGCUCCAUCGAAUGUCUCUUCACAGUACGGGGGGAUCUGGAUUUUGCUGAGCAGCUGUGGUUCAAAAUGAGUGGUAGUGUGAUUUCAUAUCAAGACUUGGUGAAGUGUUUCACAUUGAUCAUCCAGAGUCUACAACGUGGUGAUAUACAGCCAUGGCUCCAUAGUGGGAGUAACAGUUUACUAAGUAAACUGAUUCAUCAGUCUUAUCAUGGAACCAUGGACACAGUUGCUCUCAGUGGGACUAUUCCAGUCAAGAUGCUUUUGGAAAUUGGUCUGGACAAACUAAAGAAAGAUUAUAUCAGUUUUUUCAUAGGUCAGGAACUUGCAUCUUUGAAUCAUUUGGAAUAUUUCAUUACUCCAUCAGUAGAUAUACAAGAACAGGUGUAUCGUGUUCAAAAACUCCACCAUAUUCUAGAAAUAUUAGUCAGUUGCAUGCUUUUCAUUAAGCCCCAACACGAGCUCCUCUUUGCUUUAACACAAUCCUGCGUAAAAUAUUACAAACAAAAUCCUCUUGACGAGCAACACAUUUUUCAGCUGCCAGUCAGACCAACUGCUGUAAAAAGCUUAUAUCAAAGUGAGAAGCCACAGAAAUGGCAAGUGGAAAUAAGUGGUGGUCAGAAGAAGGUGAAAACAGUUUGGCAGCUGAGUGACAGCGCACCUGUAGACCAUCUGAGCUUCCACAAAUCUGAUGUUUCUGAGUUAACAUUGAAUGGUAGCCUGGAAGAAAGGAUGUCCUUUACUAACCUGGUUACCUGCAGCCAGGUGCAUUUCAAGUGA